AUGCCGACAGUCAUAAAACCCUGAAGAAGAAGAGGAAGAAGAAUACAAAGCGGAAGUGAUAGCUGAAAACAAUGUCUUCAGUAGAGCUUCGUCGAGAGCUUAUAACUCAUACUGAAGAAACAUUCACAGAGUUUAAAGAAAUUGUCAUCAAGACCGAGGAAGAGAUGGAUUUUACCCGGACGGCCUUAAACCGAACAGACCACCUGCAGCAUAACAUUGAUAAGCCAUGUAAACAGGAGAGGAGCUUCACUCCAGACCAGGAGGAAUUGGAAUCUCUGCAGGUGAAGCAGGAAGAUGAAAAGACAGAGUAUCAGCAAAUCAAAGAAGAGCAGGAGGAGCUUGAUUAUUUGCAGAUAAAAGUGGAAGAGGACGAAGUUUACUACAGUCAGGGUGAAGAACAACUUGCAUUGAAACAGGAGGCUGAUGCAUGUUAUGAGCAAACAUGUCAGACUGAACCAGAACCACACAGGACUCGAACCAUCUUUCAGGAAGCUGCAGAAGCUGAGAACCAAAACCAGGAAAGAAGCAAUGAUAACAACUUCGAAGCAAAAAGAGAUGAAGAGAAGAAACAGAAGAGGCAUCAGAAAACCAGAGGGUAUGGUGACAGUUCAAAGCAAAAAGGUCCUGAAAAUCUUCCUCAAAGUAGUGACGUGAGUAAAAAGACAUGUGAGAGGCCUGUCUCAACUAGGAAGCGUUUCAGCCGGAAAGAUAAAUUAAAUUGUCACAUGUCAGACCACACAGGCGAGAAACCUCUUCUAUGUGUGAACUGUGGAAAAGGUUUCAGUUGUAAUAGUGACUUAACUGUCCACAUGAGAGUUCAUACAGGUGAAAAACCAUUUCUGUGUGUCAAGUGUGGAAGGAGUUUCAGUAGAAGAAGUAAUCUAACUGUUCACAUGAAAGCUCACACAGGUGAAAAGCAAUUCCAGUGUAUUACCUGUGGCAAACAUUUUAUUUCAAAAGGUUCUUUGAUUAUUCACGUGAGAAGGCACACAGGUGAGAAGCCUUUCCAAUGUAAGACCUGUGGUAAACGGUUUGUUGAUCAAUAUUCUGUGAAUCUUCACAUGAGGAGUCACUCGGUGUUGAAGCCUUAUAUUUGUGUGAACUGUGGAAAAAGUUUUGCUCAGAAACAGAAUUUAACAAGUCACAUGAUGAUUCACACAGGUGAAAAGCCUUUUUCGUGUGAGACCUGUGGAAAAUGUUUCAGUCAAAAGGGUAUUUUAACUCGUCACAUGCUGAUUCACACAGGCGAGAGGCCUUUUCAGUGUCUGACUUGUGGAAAAGGUUUCAAUCAAAAAUGUAGCUUAACUGAUCACAUGACAAUUCACACAGGUGAGAAGCCUUUUUCAUGCUCAGCUUGUGGAAAAGGUUUCAGUCGGAGGCAUGCUUUAACUAAGCACAUGAAAGCCCAUGUGCUUAGUUAAAUAAAAAUCUGCUGUAGUCCAAGUAAGUCAUCUAAAACAUACUUGAGUAAAAGGUACUUAGUCACCUUGUAAUAACUUUUUAAGAAAACACUCCCUAAAUGCAUCACUUAAGAAGGAAAAGUAGUCGUAAUUUGAGAAGUAUUUUUUAUGUAUGAUGUUAAAGUUCACUGUAAAAUCAUUUGGAUAAAAACCAGAAUGAAAGGAGGACUUUCUUGUUUCAAAUUUCAAAUUAACUUUUCCCUCAGGAACUCACACAUAUUAAAGACCUCUAACUUUCUAGUUUGUGGAAAAGAUCAACUGUGAUCAUUUGAUGAUUAGUAACCUCAUUGACCAGAAGUUUUAAUAGCAUGAUUGUUGUAAAAUAAUCUGGUUUUGGCGGGACUUGGACAUUUCCAGUAAAAAAAAAAUUUUAGUUUGCAUUUAACCUUAAAAUUGAAACACAAGUUUUGUUUUUAAACUGAGAUUAAAACUGUUUGUCAUUUAUUUGACAUUUUAAUAACCAAUAUGAUUACUUAUUUAAAAGCUAUUCCACUCUUAAAUUCAUUUAUUGUUUUUUGUUUGUACAAAGGAUCUGUGGUUAUC